CGGUGGCUAGAGUCUCCCCUCCGAUGAAGAAAUUGAACAACCAAAACAAAUUGAAAAAGAGCCGUUACUGGAAUUAAUGGCACUGCCAACUGAAUCUGCUAAUUCCAAGAGUAACACUGCACCAAGCAAUGGUGUGAUUGCAUCGAGAAAGCUUGCUGUGUCAGAGAACAGAGGCAGAUCUAACGAUGAAUACCAGCAAAUCUCUACACCCUUUCUUAGAACAAAUCCAUCUAACAAACAUGUUGACCCCACAAGCCCACUUCAAGCCCACGAGAAUCCACACAAAGAUCAGUGUAGUUUAGGCCUCAACAUAAAUGCAGAUGACCUUUUGUGCCAAGAAAAUCAAGAACCCAGCCUUCACCAGAAUUCCAAAAUCCCAAAACUCAUCACAUGCUUACAUCGUGGAAUUUGGAAAAAAUCAGUUAAAGUAGGGAAGCGGCAUAAGAGACAAUCGCAGAAGGCAAGGGUUCUUGGUCCUUCCUUGUCAGACAGCCUCAUAGAGAAGAGAAGCAGUAUUAGUGCAAAAGAAGUCGAUGAACUGGAUAUAAGGAGAUUUGUGGAGUUUGGUUGACAACUGGGUCUUUGCUUUGUGGGCGAUGAAGAAGUCUUUGAUUCAAAAUUUCGUGAAAUUGAAGAGCGUGACAAGGGACUGCUUAAGUCUUAAAUCUGGGCUUCUCCCUUACCAGAGGCAUUAUUCAUAAUGAAGGUUAUUUCAUUCA